UCGUCAUCUCGAGUUGCAGCAGCCACAGAGCGCCGCGGAGGAGCGCAAAGGAAAAGAUGGGAGGACGGUGGCACGCCAGGGGUGGAGGGCCGCUCCGGUGUCCAUGCCAGCCCAGCUGGUUUCCCCGACAGUUGUGCAAAUGGUAACCAGCUCGCUUUCUCCCUGGAAAUGGAUCUCCUCUUAGCCGGCUUGCAGGCUGGUCCUGUCGUGCGUGUCUCCUCGGCUUAAGUCUUAAGAUUCCCUGGAUGACAGGAUGGCGGCAUCGAACCUGGAGAACCAGCUGCACAGUGCCCAGAAGAAUCUGCUUUUCCUCCAGCGGCAGCACGCCGACACGCUCAAGGGACUGCAUGCCGAGAUCCGGCGUCUGCAGCAACACUGCACAGAUCUGACAUACGAGCUGACACUCAAAAGUUCAGACUUAACAGAAGGCGGGAUCUCAAGAAGUGAAGAACUCAGAAGAAAAUGCGAAGAACUGGAGGCCCAGCUGAAAGCAAAAGAAGCCGAGAACAACGAGCUGUUGAAGGAACUGGAGCAGAAGAAUGCGAUGAUAAUGGUGCUGGAGAACACCAUCAAGGAGAGGGAAAAGAAGUAUUUAGAAGAGCUGAAAAUGAAAAGCCACAAGCUGAACAUGCUGUCAAGCGAACUGGAGCAGCGGGCCAGUACUAUCGCGUACCUCACCUCCCAGCUGCACGCGACAAAGAAGAAGCUGAUGAGUUCCAGUGGGACUUCGGACAGCUCUCCGUCAGGAAGCCCGGUGCUCUCCGGGUACAAGCCGGCCCCUCCCAAAGAUAAGCUCCCAGAGACUCCGCGGCGCAGGAUGAAGAAGAGUCUGUCCACGCCUCUCAACCCCGAAUUCGAAGAGGCUUACCGCCUAGGAUCGGAGAGCCGCAAGCUGCUGUUACGGGAGCCCGUGGAUGCUAUGCCUGACCCCACACCGUUCUUGUUGGCUAGGGAAACGUCCGAGAUCCACCUUAUCAAAGAGAGGCCUUUAGUCAUCCCGCCGAUCCCCUCGGAGCGCACGUCCGCCGAGCCGCACAGCCCUGCCCGGGAGAAGCACCACAAGGCCCACGUGGGCGUGGCCCACCGAAUCCACCACGGGGCUCCUCCGCCCCAGGCUCAGCCGGAAGUCGAGACGCUAGCCGUGGAUCAGGUGAACGGGAGCAAAGUGGUCCGGAAGCACUCGGGGACAGACAGAACUGUUUAAGCAAAUUCCUUUGGGGGAGGAGACUCCCGUAUGCACUGUGAUCACAAAUAGGGUUAAUCACAUCUGCAGUUUAAGAAAACAUCCCCCCCCUCUCAAAUGCCACCCUCCCGUGCAUGCCAAAUUCUUUCUAUCACUAGAAUAAUCUCCUUCCAUGGAACACCAACAUGACUGUGUUCAUAUUGCAGAGCAUCUACUUAAUGAAACGCUGUGGCCAAAUUCAGGUGUCUGCCUGGCUGCUUGCUUCCACUGCUCCUUCAUUUAUUCUAAGCAUCCUUGCGGGCGAACGCCCCGGGCAUCAGGCUCCCUUACGAAAUCAGUAGCAAUGGUAGCAUCAGAUAAGCCUCCGCGCAGCCCUGUGUUAUCGGCUGUGAACGGUCAAAGCCUCCUUCUAUGUAUCGCUCCGCAGAGUCAUGAUAAUGUGUCUUCUUGGGAGGGGGGGCCACCCUGCGCUGACCACCCUGCCGAGGCCUGCCUGCGAAGAAGCCCUGUCUGAGCAAAUGCUCUCCUGAUCCAUCUGGUGGGUCCUGAUCCCAGUGUUCAUAUUUUUCUGUUACUGAUUUUAUCUACAGCGACUGAAAUCCUAACAAACUCUAUUUUAUUAACCCUG